AUGCUGAAGCCACGAUUGUUCUCGACAUUACGCUGUCUCCAGCAUGAGAACCCUCUCGGUCUUCCACGCUCAGGCGCGCCUCCGCAGAUGCCUCGGAUGCAGCGAGGAUUGCCACAGAAGAGGAACAUCAAAGAUGUGAAGAAAGUCAUCGCUGUUUCAUCGGCAAAGGGCGGCGUUGGAAAGAGUACCAUUGCUGUGAAUCUGGCAUUGAGCUUCGCCCGCCGUGGUUACAAAGCUGGAAUACUUGAUACCGAUAUCUUUGGCCCGUCGAUACCAACCUUACUCAAUCUGUCCGGCGAACCGAGACUUUCAGCCAACAACCAACUAUUACCACUGGCUAACUAUGGUCUCAAAUCCAUGUCCAUGGGCUAUCUCAUCCCAGAUUCAUCACCAGUAGCAUGGCGGGGCCUCAUGGUAAUGAAGGCCCUGCAGCAACUACUACACGAAGUAGAGUGGGGAGGCCUGGACGUCCUGGUCCUUGACAUGCCCCCCGGCACAGGUGAUGUCCAGCUCACCAUCACCCAACAGCUUAUUUUGGAUGGCGCGCUCAUCGUAUCCACACCCCAGGAUCUGUCGCUGAAGGAUGCAGUGAAAGGUGUCGAGCUCUUCCGCAAAGUCGAUGUAAAGCUCCUGGGUCUUGUCUGCAAUAUGACGGGCUUCAAAUGCCCUGGUUGCGGCGACGUACAUGAAGUAUUUGGAAAUAUGAAGAAGAUCAGAGCCAUGUGUGGGAAAUAUGAAUUGAACAUGUUGGGCGAGAUUCCGCUACAUGCUAGCAUCAGCGACGAUGCUGAUCGCGGAAAACCGACUGUGGUAGCAGAGCCGGACGGGGAGCGAGCAAUGGCGUUUGGAAAGAUUGCACAGGAAGUCGAAGGUCUCAUCGGACUGGGACGUUAA